AUGCUCGCCAAAACCAUCAUCGUUGCCACUUUGGCCCUCGCCGCCACCGUCCAGGCCGUCGUCCCCAAUCACACCCACUUCAACGACCCCGUCUCUGCCGACGGUGACCUCAGCACUGUCUUUGUGGCUGGCGGGAACUACACCUUCUCUUGGAGCACCUCCUGCGCCUCCGGAGAGGUCAUCGCCCCCAACCCUACCGCCGUCGAGGUCCAACUCGUCAAGGCUGACAACCCCAAUACUGCCUCUCUCGUCGCCACCCUCGGCACAAUGGACUGCUCCGGUGCCUCUGGCCACGACAACUGGGUCCCUCCUACCUCUGAGGCCGACAGCGGACACAUCUACUCUCUUCGUUUGGUCCUCGGUACUAAGGAUGUCUACUCUGGCAAGUUCCUCAUCAAGUCCAAGGAGGCCGCAUCUAAGCCCGCCACUCCCUCCGGCAGCGCUGCCAGCCCUUCCGCCACCACCAAGGGAUCCGGUGCCUCCAUCGUUGCCCCCGUCCUCGCUGGUGCCGCUGCCGUCGCCGCCGCCGGUGCCCUCAUGUUCCUUUAA